GCAUUAUUAAAUUUGAGAGAGGGGGGUUGGAGCUGGUUUCCCAUUUGGUAUCGUUUUUUUUUUCUUGAGCGAAUGUGGUAUAUUAGUGCAACUGGUAAACUUUAGCUAUCUGAAACAUCUUGAAAACACACGAUGCCUGUUGAUUUCCAUCUAAAUCCGUCGGAGGCGGCGGUGCACAGGGCGGCGGCCAACUUUGCGCGGAACGUCCUGAAACCUGCAAAAGCCAAAUACAUGGAACAUCACGAACACUAUAGGCGAUUUCAAGCGACACGGCCCACCUACUCAGCCGCUGUAGCGGGCGGACUUAUCAAAGGAAUGAUCUCGCCGGUUUUGGGCGGUAGAGGCGGGAGCCUCAUCGAAAGCACAAUACUUGUCGAGGAGUGUUACGCAGUUGAAACAUCACCGGCCUUGACUAUAUUCGCGACAGGCCUCGGGCUUACGCCGCUCAAUCUAUUGCAGAGCAAGGACCACCAAGAAUUUCUUGAGCCCUUUCUCAGUGGCAAAGGGGAACCCUUGGCGUCAUUGGUCUUCAGCGAGCCAGGCGGUGUAGCCAACUAUGUUGAGAAGGGAGCCCCGGGCCUGAACACUACAGCUCAACGCGAUGGCGAUGAAUGGAUCAUCAACGGAGAGAAAAUUUGGGCGACAAACAGCGCUGGAUGGGACUUUAAAGGGGCAGACCUAGCCUGUGUUGUCUGCCGUGAUAUAACAAACGAAGCAGCAGAAAACCCAGAGGACGAUAUCAUGAUCGUCUUGGUCACCAGGGCCGAUCUUGAUAGAAACGGCAAUGAGCAGUGCUUCCAAGUCAUCCGCCAAGUGCCGACCGCUGGACAUACAGCUGUAUCGGGACCGCACAUCAAGUAUACUAAGGUGCGUGUUCCAGCCAAGAACGUGCUCUGCGGACCUGGUGGCAAAGGCGGUGCCAUUGUGUCUGGCUCUUUCGAUGGGAGUGCUGUGCUUGUUGGAGCGAUGGCUGUAGGAUUAAUGCGAGCAGCAUUCGACGCAGCUAUUGCCUUUGCAAAGAACGAUAAUCGACGUGGCAAAGCUCCUCUGCUUGAACGACAAGCUGUCGCAGAUUUGCUGUCAGGCGUCAAAAUGCAAGUAGAGGCAUGUCGUGCCCUGACCUGGAAGGCGGCUCACGCCAUGGAAAAUGGUCCUGGCAACUAUAAUGUUCGACGCGAACUGGCGCUGGCAGCAAAAGUGUACUGCAGCGAUGCAGCUGUAAAAGCCGUCACCGAUGUUAUCAAUGCGGUAGGAAUCACUGCCUAUGAUGCCGAACAACCAUUUGCUGAGCUGCUGAACAAUGCCAUGGUCCUUCCGAUUUUCGAUGGUGGCAAUGUUGGUAUUAGACGCCGGCAUCUUCAGGAAAUUAUGCUAUCCGCAAGUUACGAUCCUUGGGCAGCAACAUACGGUCCUGCGAAACCAGCCGAGCAAGACGCUGGGGAGGGGAGGAGCUUCAAUGACCAUGUCCUAGGCACAUUAUUGUGAGUUGUAACAGAAUAUAUAAGCCGUCACGUCCAAUAGAAUGAUAGACUUUGCCA